AUGUUUGCAAUGCCUUGCAAACCAACAAAACUAAAUUAUGCUUCACUUUUCAAACAACCCUUUCCUCAAUUUAUUCUAGAAGAUGAGAUUUCACGUCUACAUGGUGCUGACUGCAACAUAAUACGCACACAACCUCUUCGUAUUUUUGCUGUGUCUGUUGCUGCUCGUAUAUCCUCUGAAAGGGAAGAGAAUCUUGGUGAAACUGUUGACUGUGGAAGGGCAAAGGAAACCAGUUAUGAUGCUUUAAACAAGUUGGCUUGUCUAUUACCAUCAUGGAUUUCAAAGGCUUCAGCACAUGAGAGGCGAGAGCGUGCUGGCCGUGUGCAGCCUGGAUUUUGUUACAGACUAUAUCCAAAAAUGAUCCAUGAUGCAAUGCUCCAAUAUCAGUUACCUGAAAUUCUCCGAAAACCUUUGCAAGAGCUAUGCCUCCACAUCAAAAGUUUGCAGCUUGGAGCUGUUGGGUCUUUUUUGGCUAAAGCACUUCAGCCAUCAGAUCCUCUUGCUGCUCAAAAUGCAAUCGAACUUCUCAAAACCAUUGGAGCUUUAGAUGACAUGGAGGAGCUUACUCGUCUUGGCAUGUACCAGAAAGCGCGCCAUGAUAUUCAUCUUCCGAUGGCGAUAAUAUCCCCUGGAGGCUCCAAUAAUUGCCUGUUAUCUCGCCUCAGAGCCCUAAUAAAACAACAGAGACUCGUCCAUGCAUUGUCUGAAGGAGGAUUGCAAGCUCAAUUUCACACUAAAAUGGUGCCAGACUCGGUUCCUGACAAAGGCUGCAUUGAUAUGUCAAAAUGGAAAAAGUUGGAUUCGAGGAACCUUGGGAUAAAACCCUCCAUGGUUUCGCAACCCUCUUGGAUUGUCUUAAAAAUUCUUCAGAGUGAAGGGUUUGAAGCCUACUUAGUGGGUGGAUGUGUCAGAGACUUGAUCCUCAAAAGAAUACCUAAAGACUUCGAUGUGAUCACUACAGCUAAUCUUAAACAGAUCAAGAAGCAAUUUUAUCGUGCAGAAAUUGUUGGACGACGAUUCCCUAUAUGCAGGGUGCAUGUUAAAGGUUCUGUCAUUGAGGUGUCCAGUUUUGAAACGGUGGCAAAACAUGCUGGAAAAAAGGAAGCUGAUUCCCCUUGUAGGCCACCUGGCUGUGAUAAGAAAGAUUUCAUCCGUUGGAGAAACAGCAUGCAUCGGGACUUCACUAUUAACAGUUUAUUCUUUGAUCCUUUUGCAAAUAAGAUCUAUGAUUAUGCCAAUGGAAUGGCGGACUUGAGGUCCUUAAAGCUACGGACGUUAGGCUCUGCCAAGUUGUCAUUUGAAGAGGAUUGCGCACGAAUCUUGCGGGGUUUAAGAAUCGCUGCUCGUCUGAGUUUGUCAAUAUCAAAAGAAACUGAGACUGCGAUGCAUCGGCUUUCUUCAUCCAUUUUAAAGUUGGAUAAGUCCAGAAUAAUGAUGGAGUUGAACUAUAUGCUCUCUUAUGGAGCUGCUGAGCCAUCAUUCUGUUUGCUAUGGAGAUUCGAUCUACUCAAAAUUCUACUUCCCUUUCAUGCAGCAUACUUUGAUCAGCAGAGCAAAAAUAUGAAAACUGCUCAGAGUUCCACGAUGUUGACGAAGCUUUUCUCUAGUUUGGAUAAAGUGCUUAGCUGUGAUCGACCUUCUGAAUCCACUUUAUGGGUCGGACUGUUGGCAUUUCACCUUGCACUAGUCAAUAACCCACAAGAUGCUCUUGUAGUGUUGACUUUUGCUUCUGUCCUGUAUCAUGAAGAAUGGGAAGAUGGUGUUAAAUUUUCCAGAGACAAUGCUGAAGGGAUCGUUAAUUAUGUACCUGAGAUCUUAUGCUCAUCUGAAUUUAAAUCAGACAAAGAACUUGCAAAAGAAGUUUCCCAGUUAGCUUCUUUUGUGCUAGAUUCUAUUUCCACUUUAACUGCAACAGAGAGUCUUAUUGAAUCAAUGUCCAGAUAUCCUCUUUUCCCAUGCUCUGGGUUGGAGGUAACCCUUGUAGUGGUUCUUCUUAAAAUGUUCGUUGGAGUGCUUGUAUUUGUACCAAAGAAAAUGGCUGAAGAGGUUGCUGAAAUUUUUAAAGGGCUGGUGAACAUCAAAUCUUACAAUAAAGGAAGGAAGAGUUUUCAGAUUGAUUACCACUCACUUGGGAAAGGCUAUUUGAGUGAGGUUAGGUUUGUUAUUGGAAAAGUUAUUUUAGAAACCAUGAACAGUGGGAUUUUGCAAGGGAAGGAAGUUGUUCAGGAGUUGGACUGCCACCUGCUGCAGGAGAACGUUAAAAAUUACAAUAAGGGUAGAAAACGUAGCCUUAUACCAGAUACCCCUGAAGUAAAACAAGAGAUGUCCAAGAAACUGAAGUUGAAAGAACAGAAAUGCAAUCUGUUCAAGCAAGAUACAGCUAUCGUUAAGCAAGAGGUCGUUGAAUUGUGUCAAGCACCUCAGAGAGAGUUAAUUGCAGUUCUGGGAAAUAUGUUGGAGAAGAGAAAAUGUCAGUUACCGGAAGAGGAGGGGAUUAAGAAAAAUCAGGAGCUUUCUGAGGAUGAGAAGUUCCAGAAUAAGGGAGAGAAGAAGAUGUACUUGAAGACGAUAGAGAAGCUGCAGGAAUGUAUGCCACCUGAUAUGGCUACCAAACAGCAAUUAAACAAAGUUAAGAAGCAUAAUUCAAGUCAGGAUAAUUCAAGUCAGGUGGAUACCAUUAAGCUGAAAAACAUGUUUCAGAAGAAAACACAGAAAGUGAUCAGUGAGGAGAUUGUGGAAGACAGACAAGUAACAGACAAGGGGAAAGGCAGUCUACCUCCGUUACCUAGUGUCGUCAGCAGUGAGGAGAUUCAGAAACGCAAACAAGUAGCAGACAACAAGAAAGGCGGUCUACCUCGACUAUCUAGUCUCUUUAAGAGAUAA